AUGAAAUUUAAAAUAUCCCAACAAAACAAAGGCAGUGACUCCCUGGUGUAUGGCAUCGACCCGACUCUGUACGACGACCAGCAGGGCGUUGAUGUGGAGACAAAUUUUGAGGAGGACAACAUCGGGAGGUUGUGGUUCGCCAUCCAGUACAACCCGGAGGCAGAGAGACUUGCUGUGACGCUCAUCCAAAUGAAAAACCUUCCGAGCAGGAUCAGAGGCAUCAACAACGGCUGCGAUCCCUACGUCAGGAUUUGCUUGCUACCCGACGAGAAGCGUCACCUGCAAUCUCAGUUUAAAAAGAAAAAUUGCAAUCCCAAAUUUGACGAAAACUUCGUUUUUCAAGUUUCACUACGGAACUUAAAGGAACGUUCGCUAAAGUUCACAGUGUUUGACGUUACAAGAAACAAAAGUCACGUGGUUAUCGGAAGCGUGACCUACCCACUGAAGAUGUACGAAUCGUCAUCAAAGGUGGUGUUGUGGAGAGAUCUAGAAAGGGAUGAUCUGUCGCAUCCAGGGCACGAGCUGUACGUUUCUUUAUCAUACAACGGAGAUCUCAGCAGAUUAACUGUCGGAAUAUACGCCGGCAAAAAUUUCAAAGUUGAUGAAAUGUUGACGGAGGAAGAAUCACACAAAACAAAAAUGUACGCUAAGGUGAUGCUGAUGCAAGUGAACAAAGUCUUGAAGAGCAAGAAAUCAGAAAUGGUAAAAGCGAGCAACAGCCCCGUCUUCAAUGAGAUGUUUAAAAUGAAGUUGGCUCCGUUCAACCUCAACUCUGUCAGUCUCUCAAUCACGGUCUACCUCCAAACGUCCCACUCCAAAGGUAGUCCCAUGUAUUCCGUUGUAAUCUAUCUUCUAUCUAUAUUAUAUAUAUAUAUAUAUAUAUAUAUAUAUAUAUAA